CCACCCAAGUCAGAACUCGGAGGACAGAAGUCACCGAGACUCCGAGAGGUAGCUUGCCAAGCCAAAUCUACUGCCGACCACCACGGCUGGCACGCGGAGCACCCUCCAGUCCUCCACUCCACUCCACUCCACUCCACUCCACUCCACCCACCCACCAAUACCAGCGGCAGUAAAUUCCGAGCAGCCGCUGCCCGCUGCCGAGGCUCGAGGCUCUCUCCUCGCUCCCCCCACCCGUCUGCUCCUCCUAGGGUUUCCUCUCGGCUCGCCGGCGUGCCGCAUCGCCUCGCCUCGCCCUUGCCGCGGGUUCCGCCGCUCGGGGGCACCCGAACCGAUCCUCGCGGGAGUUGUUCGUGCUGAUUCCUGCUGGGUCUUGUGGCUCGGACUCUGGGGCGUCGGGUGGGAAAGAUUUUGCCGCCCGUGGGGGUUUGGAUCGAGGGCUCUAAGCCGUGUCUCCGCAAUGCCGGGCUGGCCUGGCGGCGAUUGCUAGGGUUUUCUGGUCGGAUUUCGGCGGAAGAGCUGAGGCGUUGCUUCGAGUGCGGGAGCUGUCUGCAAUCCGCCGCUUGCCUUGGCCCGAGUUUGGUGUUUCCGCAGCAAUGCCUCUCCGAUUUUAGCUCGCCCUGGGGUUCUGAAGGGCGAAGGGGCUGUUGGGCGGUUUGAGCUUGCAAGGCGUUGCUGGUUCGGUCCAAUGUCCGGGGCUAGCGCGAGGGGGCGGCUGUCGCCGGCGUCCAGCGGCGGCGGAGACUCUGAACCGCGGUCCACGGGGGGCAGGACGCGCUCGGUGUCCGCUGCUCGCGGCAGGAAGCCCUCACCGAGGCCCGGGAGGGAUGUGGCCGCGGCAGCGGGCGCGACAGAGGAGAAGAAACCCGCAGCCGUGCUCACAUUGCAGCCCUCGCUCAGCGCGCCCGCAGGGAUGCGUCGGCAGGAGCUGCUGCUGCGCUCGGGGCUGUCUCUUGACGCGUCCUGCUCCUCGGACGCGUCCACGGACUCGUUCUGCAGCCGGGCAUCCACGGGCCGGAUUGGGAGGCCGGCGUUUGGGGCUAGGAAGAAGAAGGCUCUCUCUCAGACUGAUUACAAGGCCCUUUCCAUGCUGGAAAGGGACGGUGGAUUGAUUUCCCAGACUGAUGCUGCUGGUGUGAAGAGGAGGUGUGCGUGGGUGACAGCAAAUACCGAUCCCUGUUAUGCUGCAUUUCAUGAUGAAGAGUGGGGAGUUCCUGUUCAUGACGACAAGAAGUUAUUUGAGCUGCUAGUGCUGUCAGGAGCAUUAGCUGAACUGACAUGGCCAGCAAUUCUGAAUAAGAGAGACAUAUUCAGGGAAGUUUUCAUGGAUUUUGACCCAGUAUUGGUUUCAAAGUUAAGUGAGAAGAAGAUUAUUGCGCCUGGAAGUCCUAGCUGCUCCUUGUUAUCUGAACAGAAAUUGCGUGGUGUUAUUGAAAAUGCACGUCAAAUACUCAAGAUCAUAGAGGAAUUUGGAUCAUUUGAUAAAUACUGUUGGAGCUUCGUGAACCACAAACCUAUAUUGAGCCGAUUCAGGUACUCCCGUCAAGUGCCUGUCAAAACAUCGAAAGCAGAUGCCAUAAGCAAAGACUUGGUUCGAAGGGGUUUCCGCAGUGUCGGCCCAACAGUCGUAUAUACCUUCAUGCAAGUCUCUGGCAUGACUAACGACCACCUUAUCUCCUGCUACCGUUUUGCUGAAUGCGCGGCCUCCUCUGCUGGCGCUGCUAAACUUUCUGAUGGAAGCCUAGCAAAUUCAAGUGAUAGCAGCCAUGGCACGGCAGAGCAGAAGAUGAACGGGACGAAUGGGCUGGAUUCAGGUCUUGAACUCUCCAGGACUAUCGAUGAGCUCAGCAUUUCAUAGCGGGGUAGGAGCGGUGCUGAAGCGAUAUGGUGUUAGUUUGUGUAUUUUAUGUGCUGUAGUAUAGGUGUGAUUCGGCGACCUUUUUCUGUAGUUUUUCCACUCGUCAAUGUAGGCUAGAAAAAUUUUUAGUCUUCGGUGUGUCAGGACCCUUGAACGACAGCAGGGUACCGAUGUACUACCUUCGUCCGGAGAUAAUUGUCUAUCUCGUAUUUUGAGGUGCUUCCUUCGUCCCGAGAUAAUUGUUUAUCUCGUAUUCUGAGAAGUUAAAUAUUUUAAAUUUC